AUAACCGAACCACACCCUCAGGCUCUAGUCUAACAGAUUUUUCCUGUUUGUAAAAUUCCAAAUGUCUCCAAGUGUUCUCAUUUUUUAAUCGGUGAUGUUUUUCCCAAAGAAACUUUACAGACACACUUGAAAAUAGCUCUGAGCUGCAUACUCUUAGCUUCUAAGGGUUGCUGUGGUGUUAGCAGGACAAUUGUUACAUCAACAGCUGCAGUUUCAUCAGAAUUGGACUGUGUGAGAUUCUAGGUGAGAAUUCUGUCAUUGCUGCCAGUGAUGGCUUUGGAAAAAGAUGCCUGUCCUGCUUUACCGAAACUGGACAAUAGCAGCGCAGCAGAGAAUGCAUCUAAGCCUGCCAAUAAGUGAGGAUCUCAGGGUCUGGGCUGGUAUGAGGAAAUUCACUUACCACGGUUCUCACUAAGGCAAGGCAUGAUCCCGAUACGUUACGUUAUGCCUUGGAAAGAAAACAUGAAAUUCAGGAAAGUGAAUCUGAAGCAAGCAGAAGCUUGUGGGAUCUAUGCUGGCCCCAUGGAAGAUUCUCUGUUCUGGGGUUACAGAGAGCGGCUUUGCCAUGGGGAAGAUCGGAAAGUCGUUCUGAAGAAAGGCCCACCGGAUAUAAAGAUCGCCGACUUGCCUUUGCACUCACCUCUCUCCAGAUACCAGAGCACCGUGAUCUCCCAUGGCUUCAGGAGGCGACUGAUCUGAUGUGCCAGCCUGGGGGUAGCCAUGUGCUUGCCUAACGUACAACAGGCUCAGGGUUCAAAUCCCAUUACUACU